AUGAAAGAAAGUGAAUGGGAAAGGAAGCGGAAGAGAUGCCGUUGUCGAGCGAAUACAUCUCGCUGAAAACAUAAGCAUUUCUUUUAUCUGCUAUCAAUUUCUAGAAUGUUCGGGUCAUUUUUCAGGCCGCCGGAUGGUAACACUUGACACGAAUUUAGCUGAUUUACCUGUUCGAAUUUUUCGAAACCUUUCACAGGAACUCGAGCGCAACAAUUUAUGGGUGAAAAUAGCGGAAUUCGAUCAUGAUUCCAUCUAUUUCAUGACGUGAGAUUUUCGAAAACGACUUCAACUUUACAAAUUCUUUCUUUUUCAGACAGAGUGAAAUAGAAAAGGCAACGAAAAAAGACAAUUGUUGUGAUCAAGUGUUACGAAGGUGGGGGAAUCGCGGUCAAACGGUGAAUUUUAGAGCGAAAUGAGAGAAAAUGGAAAAAAAAUGAGUGUUCAGGUUUUGAAUUUGUUGACUCAACUGCAAACACUUUCAAAAGUGUACGAAGAAGAAUUCGACCCGCCGCAGCUCCAAUUGCUUCGGAAAUUCAGUAAGUUCUUAGAAACUGUACGAGUUUGAAAGUGAUCCGAGGGGAGUACACAGGUAGACUAAACUAGUCCGCGCUUUCUCGUCCGCCAUAAUUCUGACUCGCAGUAGUUAAAAAUUAAUUUUCAGAGCCGUUGCGAUGGGUGCAAGAGGAGCAGGUGACAAAAUCGUUUAAAGACGGAGACACCACGAUAACACUGGAAUGUUGCGCCCGCGGAUUUCCUUGUCCAGAGAUAAAAUGGUACACGAGCAGUUCGAAAGAUGCAGUGCACGUUGGAAGGACGUUCGUUCUGUUGAAGUACAACUGGAACAGAAUUCAGAUGAGCAGAAAUGAGUUUCAGAUGCAAGUGCUCCACAGAGCAUCAGUAUAAAUGCGUGGCAACAAACGAGGUCGGCGAGGGAUUCUCGUAUUCGGAUCACUAUCGGAAGAAGGGAAAGCAGUUCGUUUCGAAGCUGGAAUCCGAAUUCAUCGACGUCACUUCAUGCAUCCGCGACGAUGAAUGUAAUAAGAAUCAGUCAUUCUUCAUCCUCAUUAAACCAUCCCCCGUUCUCUUUUUUAAGUGUGCGACUCCUGCAAGAACUUCGAAAUGGACCGCCUGUCUCAGAUUCUGGCGGAAGAAGACGUCGAGAAGGCGGAGAACAGGCAGGCGCCGGCCAGGGCCGCCCUGGAUGUGACGCUCCGGGCCGCGGACAAAGUCGCUCUGAUCAUGAGUAACUGCUCCUACAUUCAUCUUCCCGAGCUGAAGACUCCGCAUUGCGAUGCUCAGACUCUUGCAGAUGCUCUUCAGGUACGCUCACGACUUCCCUAAUCCACCGUACCUGUAAUCUUUGUAGAGAAUGAACUACAAGACGGUGACUCUGGCCGACCUUACUCUCGAUGAAAUGUUAUAUUUCAUUCGCGAAUAUAGGAAACUGAUUGGAAAUGGAGUAUACGGUAAGGGACUAAAGGGUUAAGAAAUAGAGUCGACUUCCGUUCUAGCUGUCUUCUACUUCGUCGGUCAUGGUUUCGAAGUGAACGGACAGUGUUAUCUGCUGGGAGUGGAUGCUCCGGCGGACGCGCAUCAGCCGCAGCACUCUCUCAGCAUGGACUUGGUACGCCUUCGUUUCUCGUACGUCUUCAUUUACUUUCCUUUUCAGCUUCUCUCCAUCUUCCGCAACAUUCAACCCUCGCUCAAUUUGCUCCUUCUCGAUGUCUGCCGCAAAUUCGUUCCGUACGCUGUACCUCUCUGUACUUUUCUUCUAUUUUCUAUGUUUCAGGUACGAUGCGAUCGGCGCCUUCGUCCAAUACUCGGAGCAAUUUAAAAAGUACCACGUAGCCCAUCGCAAUAUAAUUUAUGGAUAUUCGACGAGCGGAGGUGUUGGUGCUUAUGAGGUGCUCUUCUGUUAUACACGUAUCCAUUUCCUAUUUUUUUAAACUUUCAUUCAGGUCAAAGGAGAAGUGAACGGAGUGUUUAUGAAGUAUUUGAAGAAUCACGUCCAACUGGAGAUCUCCGUGAUAGACAUGCUUAACAGAGUGCUCAUAGACAUUGGGGACGACAAGAAAGUGUGCGACGUGCAGGUUCCCGAGAUUAGAAGCACCCUGACCCACCCGAGAAGUCUUGCGGAUCCGUUGAUCUUCGAUGGACACACCGCGUCCUUUGAUAACCACACAAUACACUGGAGACUAAUGCACGGUAUAUAAGUCGGCACGUUCAGACAAAUCUCAAAUAUCAAAUUAAUUCAGAGCUUCCGAAUCCAGCGACGAUCCGUUUUGAAACGCACCAAUUGAUGGCGACAGUGUGGUUCCAAUUCUGCGGACAUUUCACCAACAAGGUACAUACCGCCCAUCCCUUUUCCCCUUUUCCAAAUGCAUUUCUCUCUUCCAGGUCUAUGUCCUUUCCUCGAUUUCCGACCUCCGUCAGUGCGAAGACGACGAAGAGCUGGAGGAGAACGAGGAGCCGAGCGAGAAUGCACUCACGCACCGCGCCUACGUGGAAUUCCCCGAAGAGCUGCACUGUUCGGACGCUAAAGAGCACGCGGACGACGAGGAAGGCGUCUCGCUCUACUGGAUUCUCUCCGGACUCCAGAAGAUAAAGGGGGAAGCCGGACUGACGUGCGUCGUGCAUUUGAGACACGUGGACGACGCGGACGCGACGAUCGAGAAGAGAAAUGUCGACAUUGGACACAUUCUCAUCGCCAGAAUCAAGUGCCUUCUUUGA